AAUAUACUCUGCCUCGUGCCCUGUAACCACAAACUCAACCUUCUCGCUAUCUUCUCUGCUCGUGUUCUCGUCGAGUCUCGCAGAUCGACUUGUCCAAAUUCCAGUCAUUGCACAUCCGCACAGUAUGAAGAUUUUUCUCGCUCUCGUUCCGGUCCUUGCCGGCCUUACUGUUGCCGAAGAGGUUGUCUCCAUGUUACUGUGGGCCGUUGAUCGUGAUCAACAGUAUGAUGCAUCGAUCGUAGGCAAUGACGCAACGGCGACAACCUACAGCAUCGCGUGCCCAACCUCCGCCCAUGGCUCCGACUGUUCCAUUGGUCGCGCGGGAAUCACGGCUGAAAUUAUUGAUACCAGCACUUAUGCGUGGUGGCGUAGACAAUACUCCGACACAUGGGCCUGUACGGCGGAGGGUACAACUGACGGCGUCUGCCACCGGACUCUAAGCGGCGAGGACCAAGGGAUCGAUAUAUACUUCACGAACUUUCUUUCUGCCACCGUGACGGCCGGGUCGGUGACGGGCGGGAGUUCUAUGACGGCGACCGCAACCAGUACCUCAGCCACGGCGUUUGAGAAAAUACUGAGUAGUACUUUUGGGCCUUCACCAACGGCGGAACCCAGUACAGAGAAGACAGAAAACGCUGCUGCUACUGCAGCGACGGAAACCUCAGCAGGUGGGGCUCCGCGAGUGACUGCGGCUGCCAGGCUUUUCUUGGGGAGUGCAGGUAUUGCACUGAUCGGAGCAGCUCUAUGAGUGUUUAAUACAUAUCUUUGAGUCUGGAAGAGGAGGUGGUUUGCCUGUAAUGAAGUCCAUCGGUAUUCAGUGCUCAAAAAUCCCGAACACUGUAUAAUUACCUCUGGCAAACCACAGUCCUCCAUUGAAUAUAUUAUGAACAAUACGAUAAAAGGGC